CUGUUUAUACAAUUAUCGGUUAAGAGGCGAGUCAGAGGCGCGCGCUGUUCUUCCUAAAUGACUCCUUCAAAAUUACAUCCAUCGGGAAGCGGGACACUUACUAGUUACUACCAAACACUCCGAUUAGAAGCACACAUCCUGCAACCAAAUGUACUAGUAUAUCAAACCGUGAUAUUAUAGUAUUAUAUAAAUCAGUGAUCAACUAUUUAGCGAGAUAAUUAGAGUGAUACUUGUAAUGGAUACGUUUACAAACUAUCAGCUCAACGAAGACACCUGGGAACACCUGUGCUCAGUGACGUUUCAAAACAAUCUCGAAACAGUGCCAACUUCCAAACAACGAUGUCAGGCUAACGCUCGGGAACGUGAUAGGACGCAAAACAGCGUGAACAUGGCAUUCAACGCGCUCCGUCUCUUGAUUCCCACGGAGCCGCCGGACCGCAAACUCAGCAAGAUCGAGAUUCUGCGCUUAGCUGGCAGUUACAUCACGCAUCUGGACAACCAAUUAUAUACUGGGAACAUGGAACAGCCAUGCAUUCAGAAAAGCGAUAUCGAAUACAAAAAUACCUCUUUAUGUACCUUUUGCUGGUCUACGAUUAAAAAAGAUGUGAAAAUCUACGACCCUCAUGAACAAAGAAUUUCAAGGAUCCUUUUAAGAUUAUAUUAUAGAGUAGGUAUAUUAUUUCAUUAAGAUUUAGACUAGUCAUUAAAUAUCCAUGU